CUUCACCCAGAGGAAUCUGCAAAGCUGCACAGAGGGCAGCAGGAAAGUAUGUGUGAAGUCAGCAUGCACUACCAUGGCAGCACUCUGUCCUUGGCCCACGAGCAGCUGGACCCACGGCAGGAAAUUGUCAUUGAGCAGCAACACUGCGGAGGGAACACCCUGACGGUCUUCAAAGACAAACUGGAACCUAACUCUGAUUUCUCAUUCCUGUCUUACCGACAUCGAGGGUAUCCCUUUAGUCUCACAAUUUACGUUGACGGCACCAUGAACUGCCGCGUCAGCACCUGCUGUGAGUUCCGGCACAAGCAAGGAGGCCGCAUCGGAGGGAAAACUGGCCACUUCAGCAUCAAGAGUAUCUCCGGAACUGCACCUUGUUAUAGAUGUCAGGUAGAGAAAGGCAUUCAAGUCAGAAGUCAGGCUGUCCGGCCCAAACUCAAGCGACCCCCACAAAACUUGGAGGAGGUGAGAGGUCAUCCUGCAGAAAAACCAAAGUCAUCGAAAUCAGAGACAAAUAAAAAUCAUAAACAAG